GCGUUCCUAACAAACCCUCGCUGCCCCGACUCAUCACGUGAUAUGGCCUUUGCCCGCCCGGCUCAUACGCUCAGACAGAGACCGGCUGGGAGCUAUCUGCGCACCCAGAGAGCUGUGCCCCGGCGCAGUAUCCGAGAAUCUCGCUGUUUUCGUGCCGCAUCGAUAACUGAGUGGGAGGAAACGAUUGACAGCCCGCUGCGCCAGCAGAUAUGUAAACCAGUAACAGCCUGCACAAAACCCAACGCAGACAUGGUAGAUUUUGGAAAAUGGCCUUUGUUUGCCCUGCUUUCACCUCAAGACUUGGCCAGCAUCCGGCAAGCAUGCAUUUUUGGCUCUGCUGCAAACGAGGCCAUAUAUACCACUCAGAAUAAUGAGGUAUUUGUUUUUGGAAUGAACAGCAGCAAUUGCCUGGGAACUGGAGACAAUCAAAGCACCAUAAUCCCCAGAAGGCUUGAUGUACUCUGUGGCAAGAGAAUUGUUGACCUAAGUUAUGGCAGUGGCCCUCAUAUACUGGUGUGCAAUGAAGAUGGAGAGGUUUAUUCUUGGGGGCAUAAUGGCUAUAGCCAACUAGGCAAUGGUAAUGCAAUCCAAGGAGUCGCUCCUGUCCAGGUCUGCAUGGAACUGUUGGCAAAAAAAGUCGUACAGGUAGCCUGUGGCUCUCACCAUUCAAUGGCUCUGACAUCUGAUGGAGAGGUUUUUUGUUGGGGCUACAAUAACUGUGGACAAGUUGGCUCUGGCACCACUGCAAACCAGUCUGUUCCACGCAGAGUGUCGGCUACCCUUCAGAGUAAAGUAGUCGUAUCAAUUGCGGCUGGGCAGAGUAGCUCCAUGGCUGUAACCGACAAUGGGCAUGUAUAUUGUUGGGGGUAUAAUGGUACUGGACAGCUUGGCAUAGGGAAUACUGGAAAUCAGCUUAUGCCUUGCAGACUUGUCUUUGCACAUCCAGUUUGUAUUAUACAGGUAGUUCUUGGCUAUGCCCACACUUUGGCACUAAGUGAUCAAGGUGUACUCUAUGCUUGGGGGGCAAACAGUCAUGGACAGUUGGGAAUUGGAAAUAAAAGCAACCAGACUGCACCUGUAAAAGUUGGUACAAAUGAGAGGAUGGUGGAAGUGACAGCUUGCCAUUCUACCAAUAUAUCUGCUGCUAAGUCCCAGAGUGGGCAAGUUUAUAUGUGGGGCCUGUGUCGAGGACAAUCUCUUCUUUCCCCACAUCUCACGCACUUCAGCUGCACAGAUGAUGUAUUUGCCUGUUUUUCUAAUCCACCUGUAAUGUGGCGAUUCCUCUCAGUCGAACAUGAAGACUUUCUUACAGUUGCAGAGUCUCUCAAGAAGGAAUUUGACAGUGAAGAAACCUCUGAUUUGAAAUUCAGGGUUGAUGGAAAAGACAUAUAUGUACAUAAAGCUGUCUUGAAAAUAAGGUGUGAGCAUUUUCGGACAAUGUUUCAGUCCCACUGGAAUGAGAAUAGCAAGGACAUGAUUGAAAUUGACCAGUUUUCAUAUGCAGUGUACCGUGCCUUUCUAGAAUAUCUAUAUACAGACAAUGUGGACCUGCCACCAGAAGAUGCUAUAGGGCUCUUGGAUCUGGCUACAUCCUACUGUGAAAACAGAUUGAAGAAGCUGUGUCAGCACAUUAUAAAGAGAGGAAUAACUGUGGAUAAUGCAUUCCUGCUGCUUUCUGCUGCUGUCCGAUAUGAGGCAGAGGAUUUGGAAGACUUUUGUUUCCGGUUUUGUGUCAAUCAUCUGACAGACGUCACACAGACUGAUGCAUUCUGGCAAAUGGAUGGCAUGCUGCUUAAAGACUUCAUUGUCAAGGCUGGCAGAAGUGGAGGAUUUAGGAACUAACAAGUUACUUUAAAUGGGAAGCUCACCGCUUUGUAAACAGCAUUUUAUGUCAGCAUUUUUUUUCUGCAACAGUGAGCCAGUGGGGGGCUUCAUUUCAAAGGAUCAAGUGUAAAUUAAAACCAAUGGAAGUUUGUGUGAGGCCUCUAAGCCUGUAGGUCUGACCCAGUAGGCCACUGUACUACACUUGGAAUUACAUUUGAGUUUUUCUGUUUAGUGCAGCAUAAGACAAAUAUAUGCACCUCUAAAUUUUAAACUGACUGCCAUCAUCCCACUUGCAGGAGUAAGCCUAUCAACUGCUUACUACUUACUGCAAAGAGGACUCGAUGUCUUAUCCCACAUGCCUCUAUUUGCUCAGUUGUGUUCUACAUAACCGCAGAUAAUUUUAAGCCCUUUACCGUUCAGUUUGUUGUUGUAUUUGUAGCUAAAUGUUGGGUUCUCCGGCUUCUUGUAAGUGCCAUAAAAGCAUUGCAACCAUCAAUUCAUUUGAAUGGGUGUCUGUGAUCACCCAGUUUUUCCUACUUCUCCACUCUUAGUCUGUUCCUAGAAAUAGCAGCCUGUAAGUCUUUUUUACCUGUGCUAUAAAUGAGUUCCUCCAUUGCUAUUGGCUGUGAGAACCUAGUCUGUCUCUGUAACUGCUGUCAAACUUCAAAGUGCACUUACUGCUUCAUUGCUAUGAUUUUAUUUGAAUUUUUUUGUAUUUAAUGGCACAUGUUUUAAUAUCUAAAAUAAAUAUUGACAAUAUUUUUACUGA